AUGCUGAUUUCCCAACAAAGCGACUUGUUUUCUAGACUGUCGUCUUCAUCCCAAACCUACGAAAUCACCCACUUCAAGCCAGCAAUUCUGUCUUUCCCGGCCGAUUGGAUUAGCACCUCUCUCCGUUCUAAAAUGUCGUCCUUCCCUAUGAUGAGUACUGUCCAUCAUUGCCGCAAUCAACGCAAAUCUGUUGAAAAAGUUCGAGUGGAUGACAUCGUUGAAGAACUCAGAACUCCUCCCCGUCUGAUAAUUCCGGAGAGAGCAAUGGCUGUACAAGCUCAAUCAUCUUCACCCGUCAGCACACCGGUGAGCACGCCAGUGAACUCACCGGUUGCCAACAUAGCUGUAGUUACGCUUAAACCACUUUGCAAACCCAUCAUUGGUGUAUUCCGCAAAGAAAGUUUCAUGUCGAACGUCCCGUUCAUCUUCCCACAUCAAAAUUGA